GGAACAAGCUUUAAGCAUAUCUUCAUUCCCAUGGAUGCAUGAAAGACAGCUUGUAUUACGUACGAUGAAUCAUUAUGAUUAUAAUUAAGUUUAGGCUUUUGGAAGAGAUAUACAGUAGAUCAUGACCAUGAUCAUGAGCAUCAACUUGACACAGAAAACUGGAAUUCAUACUGCUCUUGAAGCUUUCUUGUUUGAGCAGACCUUAGACCGAGACUUGCAAAUACCGCCGAAUAACAAACCAUAAUGGAGUGGAUACCUUCUAUCUACAUACAUACGUACUAUAGUAGUAUAGUAUAGUAGUAGCUGAGAAUUCCAGGGUCUACAUACACUAGUAGUAUGCAGGCGACGAUAAGGCCACCUUCCAAAGUAGAAGAGGCUAAUGUAACCCUACUCCGAAUAAUGGAACUCGGCCUCUCUACCAAGGGACCCUGGUUAUCCGCCAAUGGUUAUAACGACCGAUGGCCAUGUGUGAGCGGUACUCAGAGUAUCGCUCAUUCAAAAGGCUCGUUUGGUAGGAGUAGAUUCCCAUUGCACUGGUGGUGUCGCCGACGUCUAGCCUUGUCAUUCUGGGCUUGCGACCUUCGUUGUACCGUGGUGAAAGAAUUCCUUGAUUUUCGACUACUCUACGCUUCGAAAUUCGUAUCGUGAAGCCCGGAAUCAUGCAUCCCCUCAUUUUCUCGGCUGCGAUCUUCGCGACCAGCGUCGCCGCUCAAGCAGAGAACCAAUACACCGCGACGGCGACCUGCGACGUCGCAAAAGCUAGAGCUACGGCGAAGACCCUGAGCCCUACUAGCCAUGUCAAAGGGAAGGCCUUCGACAGACUCGCCAUCAUAUGGCUAGAGAACACAGACUACGACAUGGCGAUCGGCGAUCCAAACCUGGCGUGGUUAGCCAAGCGAGGCAUAACGCUCUCCAACUACCACGCAGUCACCCACCCCUCGCAGCCGAACUAUGUCGCCUCUAUCGGCGGCGACUACUUCGGGAUGCAGCACGAUGACUUCACGCAGAUUGACAAGAACGUUUCUACUAUUAUCGACCUGCUCGAGGACAAGGGAAUCUCAUGGGGCGAGUACCAAGAAGACAUGCCGUACAGCGGCUUUGAAGGCAUGGCGUACGUCAACCAGAAGAACGGCAAAAACGACUAUGUCCGGAAGCACAAUCCGGCCGUCAAUUACAACUCGAAUGCCGGCCUGAUUGAUCGAUUGGCAGUUAUCAAAAACCUGACAACAUUCUACGAAGACCUCGAAAAUGAGACCCUACCGCAGUGGAUGUUCAUAACGCCUAACAUGACGAGCGACGGCCACGACACGGACGUGACCGUCUCGGGGACCUGGACGCGGACCUUCCUGGAGCCGCUGCUCUCGGACAAGCGGUUUAUGCAGAACACGCUGGUGAUCGUAACGUUCGACGAGAACGAGACGUACUCGAUCCAGAACCGGAUCUUGGCGAUCCUCAUCGGCGACGCCGUGCCCGCGGACCUCGUCGGCACCACGGACGACUCGUACUACAACCACUACAGCGAGAUCGCGACCGCCGAGGCCAACUGGGACCUGCACACGCUGGGCCGCUUCGACGUCGGGGCCAACGUGUUCAAAUUCGUCGCCGACAAGACUGGUGACACCGUCCGCUCCUGGUCCGGCGACGUCCCCCUCGCCGACAUGUACUUCAACUACUCGUACGCCGGCGCGCUCAACGACGAGGGCGGCAACAAGCGCUACCCGGCCCCCAACCUCGUCGACGCCACCGGCCUGCACAACCGCACCAUCCUGCCCAGCAUCAAGGCGGCCUGGCAGGGAAGCUCGGCUCCGGUCUAUUACACUUCGGACUUGGAAACUCCCGACGGACAGCACCCGCCGAAGGGGUACACGCCGACCGAGUAGAUAAGCUAGUACAUACCUUACGUAAAUACCUAUAACUUAACUGCAGUAUAUAUAAGAGGUAUAUAGAGAUAUAGAGAUGUAUAUUAGC